AUGGCUUUACCCGGCCCGGCUCCGCUGCUUUGCUUCCCCCCCCUCCCUCCCCGUUCCCAAAAUCCCCCCAGACCCCCCGUUGUCCCCGAGCGCGGGUCCCUGCAGAUGGCGAUGGUGCUCCGAGGAGGAUGCGGAGCCCUUCCCCGCCUUCCUCCCGCCCCGGCCGGGCUGUGCUGGGGGCCCUCAGGGCGUGUGCGAGCCGAGCCGGGCCGGGACAGCGCUGCCCCUGCCCCGGUCCCGAUCCCAAUCCCGGUCCCGAUCCCAAUCCCGCUCCCGCCGCGAUGUGAGCGCUCCCGCACCAUGUCCCGGCAGAGAGACCUGGACAAGCUGCUGUCGGACCUGCGGUCCUUCCUGCUCAUCCUGGACCGGGAGAGCCUCAGCGCCGCGGCUCGGGCCAAGAAAAAGUCGGUGUCCGACCUCCUGUCCCGGCUGCAGAGCCCCCCGUCAGAGGAUGCAGAGUACAUGAUCAUGCGCUGCCUCUCGCCCUCCCCGGGGACCCCGCAGGGCUGGACCGGCCCGGGAUCCAGGACGGCGGAUGCAGCGGGAGGGAGAGGCUGCGAGUGCCGCCCGGCCAGCGCCCCCAGCCUGCACGGAGGGAACAAGGUGCUGGGGGGUGUCUCACCGUCCCCACCGGCCGACGACUCGUACGAAGACGCGGAACCCCAGAGCGGCUGCUCCGGCGGGGCCGACACCGACAGCAGCCACUACGAGUCGUACGAGGAGGAGGAGGAGGGUGUGACGGACCGUGCCCACUACCUGAGGUGGCCGCUGGGCACCAGCCCCGAGGCUGAGCCCCCCGGGCGCCCCGAGGCCCAGCUCUGCGGCUUCCUCUGGAGGAAACGCUGGCUGGGACAGUGGGCAAAGCAGCUCUUCAUUGUCCGGGAGCACGUGCUGCUGUGCUUCAGGUGUGCCGCCGACCUGCAGCCGGUGCUGGAGCUGGACCUGCGGGGCUGCCGCGUCACCUACAAGGACAAGCGAGGCAAGAAGAUGCCCCACGCCCUGAAGGUGACAGGCACAGCAGGAGAGGUGCUGGUCAUCGGCUUCCAGAGCCGGCAGCAGGCUGAGGACUGGAGGAAGGUGAUCGAGGAGGUCAGCAGCGAUGCCCCCGGGGGGCUGGCAGCCCUCAGCGCCCCGGCGUCCCCUUCCUCGAGGCUCAGCAGGGUGAGCUUGUCCAGGGGGACCCGGGCAUGGGACAGGGCCAGGAGCACACCCGAUUCCACGUCCUGGUGACCCUGCUGGGUGACACCAAGGAAGGGUUGGCUUGGGGAGGGAGUUGGGGUGUGGGGUGGGGUGUGAAACCCGCAGAGUCGGGGCUCUCUGCACCCCC